CUCCGCGGAGAGCGGUGCCGGGCAGAGGCGCGGGGAUGGGGCGGCCUCCGGCCCCCUGCCCGCCCGCCCGCUCCCGCCGCCCGCCGCCGCACCCCUUCCCCGGCCGGCGGGAAGCGGCGGCUCUCCCCCGCCACCCGGCUCGCCUCCUGCUCUGAUUCUCUGCCCCUCGGCCGGUCUGGGGGAGGCGAGGAAGGGGUACGUCCCCUCGCACUUCUCCCCCCCCCCCGUCAUUUCUCUUUUCGCCCCCCUUUUUUUGCCUUCCCCCUAUCGCCUCCCACACCCCAUCCAUCCCGUUUCUCUUCCACUGGGGCUCUUCGGCGGCCAUGCGGCCGGUCCCGGGCGAGCGGCUCUAAGUCGCCCCUCGCCCGAAUGGCCCCGCGGAGCCGCGGGCGGAUGGAGCCGAGCUACGUCGUGGGUAUCUGCUGCCUGGUGCUGCUGGAGCCGGGCCGGGUGUGGAGCGGCGAGAGCAGCACCGGGGCGCCAGGUGAGAGCGGGAACGGCAGCCAGGUACCGGCGGUGGAGACCACGGCCCCGGCGCCCACCGGGGCGGCACCACCGGGUGGGGAUCGCUGCCGCGGUUACUACGACGUGAUGGGGCAGUGGGACCCGCCGUUCAACUGCAACGCCGGCAUCUACCAGUACUGCUGCGGGACCUGCGGGUACCGCUUCUGCUGCCAGUUCAAGCCCGGGCGUCUGGACCAGAGCGGCUGCUCCAACUACGACACCCCCAAUUGGGUUAACACGGGCCAGCCACCCACCCGGGUGGACGAGACCCCCGAGGACCCCACUCGUGACAGGACCAACAUGAUCGUCUACAUCAUCUGCGGCGUGGUGGCCAUCAUGGUGCUGGUGGGCAUCUUCACCAAGCUGGGCCUGGAGAAGGCACAAGGUCCCCAGACGGAGAUGACCGUCUCCAGGACACUGACAGACCUGCUGAAGCAGCCAGGUCAUGGCCCCUCCGAGCACAUGGAUGGCCUCAUGGGAGGCAUACAGGUCCCGCUGGGUGAGGGUCUGGCCUGCGGGUCCCCCCGGAACGACGCAGACAAGCCACCCUUGAACAACGCUGUGACCAUUGCCCCCCCGCUGGGGCGGCCCCAUGGCCAUGGCAAGCGCCUGCCCCUGACCAGCAGCCUGGGCCUGUCGGCCCCUGCCUACGCUGCCUACACCACCCUCAAGGCUGGAGAGAGCGCCCCCGAGGACUUCUACCUGCGGCUGGGGGGCCCGGAGUCUGCCCCCUCCGGCACGCUGCCCUUCCCGCACGCCGAGGCGCCCGUGCUGCCCGAGGGCUGCCCGCUGCCCAAGGCCAAGCUGCCGGGGGGCCCGGCCUUCCCGGGGGGCUGGGAAGGGGCCGCCCCCCGCGGCCCCCGCCGGCCCGGCCUGCCCCUGGGCGCCGCCACCCCGCUGUACGGGCAGGCGCCGCGGCACCUCGCCACCAACAGCAAGACCGAGGUCACCGUCUGACGCCGGCACCGCUGGGGA